CCGGAGCGCGUAGUUAGUCUUUCGCUGGGGUUAGACGAGAACGGAGUGAAACCUGAAGUCGAACCGUGGUUGGUGGUCUAAAGUACCGAGUACCGUGUGAUUGGGGGUUUGAAUUCCUAUGGUUAUAGAAAAACAAUUUAGUCAGCGGAUAAAACGAAAAACGGAAUAAGCCUAGGCAAAAUAUUAGAACUAAUAACUAUUCUUACGGACGAUCGAUUUGCGGAGCGAAUAAGUGCUUUUCGUGAAAAACAGCAUGUUGGAAACAGAAGAUAAGUAAAGAAGACCAUUCGUCAUGUGCAAAUAAACAAAAUUUACUGUACAGUGAUCAGAUCAGAGGAAAAGUAAAUCAGCAGAAUUGGAUUCGGCAGUCGAAAAGUUUUUCUCACGCAAACUCUGCUUGCCAAAACGAAUCAAGUGAUGAUCGUACCUACCAUUUAAAAGUCUACCUGGGGUGGGUAACAAAAAAAACAAACACAGUGUAUGAUUGAUCUUGAAUCGAAUGCCGGCCCGGUGCGGUAAGCUCGGUAUUUGGAUUGUGCAACAGCAAGUAAUAACCAAGCAGCGGAACGGUGGCCUCUCACACUGAAACGAAGGAAAUAUUGCAUCAAACUGCGUGCAUAAUUUGUGUCUUAGUUGAAAAUUGAAUUGCCGGUGCGAAGGAAUAGGCAGAAGUGUUCUGUGAGGAAUUUGGCGAUGAUGUUUGGUACUGCUAACAUUGUUAAAUAAGCGGGUUUACUGCCAAUAAUACUUAUACCACCAGGGGUCGCUUCGGCCUGAAUCGAAACACAGCAAAACGUUGGACCUGCAUUUUCCGCACAUUCGCAUAAAUAUUUACAAUCGCCCGACCCGACAGUGAACCCUCAGGAAGAGUGAGAAAAUUAGCGGUUGCUGGUGUAGAAAUUGAACCAUCAAAAUCGUUGAUGACAGACACCUCGCACUGUGCAGCCGCAGAUACAAAUUAGUGAAGCCGUUCGAGAGUGGCUUAAUUGAAUUAUAUUAUUAUCACAAACGGUGUCGACUAGUAAAUCAAAUUGCUACAAUUGGCUGAUGAGUAGUGGCUGUGGGAAAGUGAGAAAUUUUACGAACGCCGUUCAUUUUCUAGGUCACGAAAACAAUAGCGAGCAGUCACUGAUGAUGCAAUCUCCGGACGGCGAAUAAGUUACCAGUUUCGAGUGGAUUGUUUCUUCUCCUCAGUAGCCUCUUGGACAGUGCUCGCGAUUUAAUGAAUUCGCUUACCGGGGGAAGCACUGCACUGCGAUGGUUGUGACCGGUAGUAACCUUCACCUUAAUAGUUUAACAAAAAGAAAUUUGCGUCAUAUCCGCCGGUGGUUAGUCUUGGUUUGAACACGACACAGCGAACUAACGUUGCAGCUAGAGAUACCGAUUCGCAGCGAUGGCAGACAGUCGCGAGCGGAUACGGGGCCCUCCUCGUGAUGGACGUGAAGGAUUUACCAGCCCGCGGCAAGUGCUUCGGCGGCUUAUGUUACUCUCCGAGGGCCGCCAGUAUCGCGAAGCGGCCACCGUGGUAGGACGUCUUGGGCCGUCGGUGCUACGCUCGGUUGUGGCGGAACUACCAAUGGAUAUCCUGAUCGAGGCGCUACCUCACAGCACCUAUCUGCUGGAAUCAUUUUUCAAUAGACUGAACACAAUCGUGCCCAACCCGAAGCCGGACGUCCCUAGCGAGGCGAUCAUGUGGCAUCUCGUAAAGCUAUUUAGCAACCCGCAUGAAUCCGGCCUCCGACAGCGCUGUACAAAAUUAGCCCAAGCAAUCGGAACCUGGCAACCGUCGCUCCGUGAAGCUCUGACAGCGCGCCGGAAACAAUUGGACCAAGCAAUCGAAGGCCUUGGAGCGCACGGGCUAGCAGCCGAUCACACGGGGUCACUUAUCUCCCUACACGUUGCGCUGAAAAAUGAACUCCAACGACACAUUGACACCUACAAAACGGCUAUCCACAAACUGGAAGAGCUGAGCCCCGUGACGGCAAAUCCCGAUCCAGCCCAAUCUUCCCAUCAACGGUUGCUGGCCAUCUGCCACGGUGACAUUCAACAGCGGCUGAUCGACAACAAAACACUGCUUACCAUGUUGGAUAAACCGGCCCUCAAGCAGUUGGCCCUGUUGGUGGAAAAUCUCUCCCAAAGGGUACAGAAUGACAAGGAGGUACUGUUCUGCGUGGGCCAAAUCCGGAGAAUCGAUACAACGGCGAAUACGGAGGAGAGACCGGCAGCUGGCCUGCUGAUGAACUACUCACGGGGCUGUGAGGCCGUGCUGGGACUGAUGGGGCCACUGUGCGCCCCUAGCAGUCCCAUGAGCAACGGAUGCGGCAGCGGAAGUGGAAGCGACGGUUACCAUUCCGACUCUGAUAGCGAUGAAACUAACUCCGAACUUGUGAGGCUAUACAGUGUUAUGUACAGUAAACAUCGCAUCGAAACAUUGGAUUCCCUCAACAGUUUGAUGCAGCUGAAACAUGCACACCAGCUGAAGGCUAAAAUACUCUUUUCCAUUAUUGUGCUGGCUUUUCGCGCCUGUCAUGGCCUCAAGGAGCGCAAGGUGCUCGAGGUUCGCCGCACAUUGCACGUGUUGGAUGCGAACGAUGAUGCGACGGCUGCACUGGACCGAGCGGUGCGGCAAAACCUCAAAGAAACCGCAGACCGGUUCCCGAUGGGCGACGUUGAACGACAGGUUGCCAAUCAGGUACUAUCGACACUCCACGAGUAUCCCUGUCUAGAGACGUGCGUUCCACUGAUUCACUACAUCAGCGAUUGCGUGCGGUUAGCCUGGAAAAUGUCCAAUCAAAUCGUUCCAUACUACCUGGAUACAGACUUCACAUUAGGUCUUCUACAGCCAGAAAAGCAUGAACGGUAUCCAAUCUCCGAAAAGCGAUCCGAUAUCAUCCGGGCCUUCCUCUGGCCAGCACUAAUGCAGAACGGACGCUGCGUUUACAAAGCCGUGGUGGCAACGUGAACUUCAACCUUUCGAGAAUAUUUGUCGAAAACUUGCUCAACGCUUUUCUCAGCAUUCACAGAAAAGGCAUUUCGCUCUAAUUAACACUAGACCCAUUUAAUUAGUUAUCAUUGUUUUAUUUUUUUUUGUCCCGAUAGGCUGCAGAAGGAUGAAAUUUGUAUAUAUAGACAAUUUUAUGUAAUACAAUUAAUGUUUCUGAUUGGUUUUAAA